AUGAUGGUCCCCCGAACCCGAGCCUUACGUCUCCCCGACCCAUGCUGGCCUGCCUGGCGCUCGGCGCCGGGGGCCUGCGCGGGCGCCACGAGCUGGGGCCCCUGGUGGCGGCGUGCGAGCAGGCGCUGCCCCUGGCGAACCUGUGCUUCUUGGCCCCCUCCGGCCUUCGUGCUGGCCGGGACCAGCCUGGACCUGCGGCGCUUCGCCGCCGUGCUGCCCACGGCCCUGGGGCUCGCCGGGUGGCGCCUCGCGGCGCUGCGCCUCGGCACCGCGGUGGCCGCCGCGGCGGUCGGCGACGGGGGCUCGCCCGACGCGCCGCGCUACUGGCAGGGCUUCGUCACGCAGGCCGGCAUCAGCAUGGCCCUGGCCGGCGAGGUCCGGGAGAGGUUCGCCCACGGCGGUGUCUUCGGGGAGCUCGUGUACGCCGCCCUCAUGGGGCAGAUCACCGUGAACCAGGUCAUAGGCUUGUGGAGGACGAUCAACGGAGAGGAAGCAUGCUGCCAAAUAAUCUGUCCUUACGUCUAA